AUGCCUGCGUCCGCCAAUAUUCCGCCGAUUGUACUUCCGUUCGUUAGCAAUCGCGCGAAAGUGGCGUUGGAUCUUGUAAUUCCACUCAACUCAUACUUUCUGUUGGAUUCCCAAUUGCUGACCGAUCUCAAGGUUGAAAAAUUUGUGGACGAAGAAUGUAUUCCCGCCUAUACUCUAUUCGAAGCUCAACUGGGGCACGGCGAAUCCCGCUGGGCUACCAAGCCCGCCAUUCUAGAGAAACUCAAACAGAAAGCUCGUAAGCUAGGGCUGUGGAAUAUGUUCCUGUCUCAGGGUCAUGAUGCAGGUUUCAGCAACGUUGAGUAUGCAUUGAUGGCAGAGUACCUCGGGAAGAGCCCUAUCGCGUCUGAGGCAACAAAUAAUUCGGCUCCUGAUACUGGUAAUAUGGAGCUUCUGCUCAAAUACGGGACCAAAGCACAAAAGCAACAAUGGCUGCAUCCAUUGAUGGAAGGGACUAUCCGCUCUGCGUUCUUGAUGACAGAGCCGGAUGUUGCGUCAAGCGAUGCGCAAAAUAUUCAGUGUGAAAUCAAGCGUGAGGGGAACGAGUAUGUUUUGAACGGAACUAAAUGGUGGUCAUCAGGCGCUGGGCAUCCAAAUUGCAGGCUUUUCAUUGUUAUGGGUAAAGACGUCACCGCGUCUCCCGCACACAAUCAUGGCCAGCAUUCGAUUCUUUUGGUACCUGCUUCUGCUCCAGGAGUUACAGUUCACCGUAUGCUGUCUGUCUUUGGAUAUGACGACGCACCGCAUGGGCAUGGCCAUAUCAUGCUAAAGAAUGUCCGUGUGCCCGCAUCAAAUAUCGUCCUAGGACAAGGACGAGGCUUUGAAAUCGUCCAGGGACGUCUGGGCCCCGGUCGACUUCAUCACGCAAUGCGUACUGUUGGCGCCGCGGAAAGUGCCUUGGAAUGGAUGAUUGUGCGAGUGGGCGAUCAAAAGAAACAGACAUUCGGGCAGCCGCUGUCUUCGCAUGGAGUGAUCCGCGAGUGGGUCGCCAAUUCGAGGAUUGAAAUUGAUGCGGCCAGGAUGACUGUAUUGAACGCAGCCAUCAAAAUAGAUCAGAUGGGGUCGAAGGCUGCUCUCCGGGAAAUUGGAAUAGCGAAGGUCUGCGUUCCUCGUGCUGCUUUAAAGGUAAUCGAUUAUGCGAUUCAAGCCUGGGGAGCCGCUGGAGUUUGUCAAGAUACACCUUUGCCACGUUUGUGGGCGUCAACUAGAACCAUGCGGAUUGUGGAUGGCCCAGAUGAAGUUCAUUUACAGCAGAUGGGUCGACGGGAAAUUGAACGAGUGGGGGAAGCAUUGGGCGAAAAGCUCCGGCUUCAACUGCUAAAGUCGAAUGAGGUAAUGCUCUCAUUCAAGGGGCUUUCUUCCUCGGGAAAUUCGACAAAGUCUCCAGCAAAGAAUAAGCUAUAG